CAACAACAACAACAAGAAUCGCAUUCGGACGUUGUCGCUGUCGUUGUCCACUUCAAAGAUACUUCACAAAUUGGUGCUGCUCUGGCCCGCUUUGUUGACGCUGAACGACGAGAUCGAAAUCGAAAUACAAAUCGAAGUCGAAUUCGCCAGGCCUAGGCACGGACUGAGUAUCUAGCUAGUCAUCUGUCCACCGUCCAACGUCCGCUGUCCGCUGUCCGCGUUGACUGCGUGCGUCGCGUUGCAGUAUAAAAGUAACUGAGUGCACGCAUUGAAUUUACAGUUGCAGUUCUCAGUUAAAAGCCUAAACAUGAAACUAUUGAUUCUAUCCACUUUGUUGGCCGUCGCAAGCGCUGCACCCGGCUUGCUGGAUCUAGGAUUGGGACACACCGCGCCCGCCAUUAGCUAUGGACAUGCUGAGCCUGCGAUUACUUAUGCCCAUGCAGCGCCUGCCGUCACCUAUGCAGCAGCUGCUCCAGUCAUCAAGUCGUAUGCGCCAGCUAUUAGCUACGCAGCGCCAACUGUUGUGAAGUCAUAUGCGCCCGCUAUUAGUUAUGCUGCACCUGCUCCGGUCAUCAAGUCGUAUGCACCAGCCAUUAGCUAUGCUGCUCCUACGUUGGUCAAGUCCUACGCUGCACCAGUCGUCAAAGCCGUUGCUGCUCCAGCCACAAGUUACUCUCAUUUCAGUUCGGUUGUUUCCCACGCCACGCCCAUCAUCAAGUCAUAUGCAGCCGCACCCAUUGUUAAGUCAUAUGCCGCACCGGCUAUUAGCUACGCUGCCCCAACCGUAGUCAAGUCCUAUGCUGCUCCAGCGAUCAGCUAUCAGCCAACAUUGCUAAAAUCAUAUGCUGCACCAGCUCUGACACUGGGCGGAUACGAUGAUCACUAUGGCUAUCACUAAGAAGCCACUGUCAUCUCCAGUGCGUGUUUUGGGUAGAGAUGGCCACAAUGAGGCGUACAAAGCAAGGGGGAGUAAGUAACGAGAGAUUGAAAGAGAGAGAAUGAAAAAGAAGUUGACAGCCGCACGUUUUCCAAAACUUAUAUUUUCCAACAAAUUCCCAUAUUUCGUAUAUUCUGUAUUUAUUUAAGGCCCCAAUUAUUGCAAAUAAAGAAAAAUUACAUUUUUCAAAUGCUGCUAUUGUUGCUUUUGUCUUUGUAAGCUGAAGAUAUGAUUUACUGUGCAAACAUCUGCAAGCCUGGAGUCACUUGCAGAACCGAUUAUUUUAUUUAUGAGUAUCGAUAGUUUUAAAAGCUAUGCGGCGAAAAGAGAGCAAGAUACAUGGAGGAUUAGCAAAUGAAGAAAUAUUUUCUAAUGCCAUUUCGA